AUGACACAGUGCAAAUGCAUCAACAACACUGAACUGGGGACAUUUAGGCGUAAAAGGCGCAGAAACCGAAAAGAAAAGAAGUCAAAAAUUUUGAUUCCUCAAACUGCUACAGCGAUCCAAAACAAAGAAUCACCUGCUAGUGAUUCAGCUGAGUCAACACUUGAAGAGCAAGCAGAUGCUGCCAGUGAAACAGCAGAAGCUGCUGCUAAAUCCAAGCCAAUCUCAGAAGGAAAACAAUUAGAAUCAAGUGAAGAUGUGAAACAAAUUAAUCCACAAAAUGCAGUCAAAGAGCAGAUUCCUUCCACAGAGAGUACUCUGGGAGAUGAUGAAUAUAUCAAAAGUAAAUCAAAGAAGAAAAGAGCGAAGAUGCAAGAUGAAAAGAAGGAUUCUCAAAAGAAAAGCAAACUGCAGCAGAAUACGGACUUGGUGGAGGAUGUGCCUGUUCCUGCUGUCACAGAGAAGGAGGUGGAGGUUGGGUCUGCCUCUCAGAUCAGUAAAACAGAUUCCAAGGAUCCAAAGGAAAGUGGAAAAGUAAAACCUCAGUCAAGAAUGGAUGGUAAAGCUGCAGCUGCUGGUGCUUCACACAGUGGUCAGGGCAAGAGUGCUGAAGACACAGCCAAAUCAAAAUCUGCUGAAGAUCAGUCAACCAGCUCCAACACAGGCAGAGGUGACUCUGUACAAGUAAAUCACAAAGCCACCCAACAGAAGGGUGCAAGUGAAACAAACGAUGACAACAAGAAUGUUCUAGAAGCAAAUUCAACACAUCAAAGCAGAAACCUAUCUGAUGCACAAAAGCAACCAGCAAUUUGUUGCAAUCAACCUCCACCAGGCAUGCUCAUUGUUUAUUUUUACAUGUGA